AACGACUCGACUCACAAUGCAAGACGAGCCAUAAAAUUAGUCGCUCAUUGAUAGCCAAAGAGUGGAGUGAAAAAUAUAGCGUACAGAAUUUUGCGCGCCUUUUGACAACAAAACGAAAUGAUCGGUGUGGAGCGCGGACAGGGAGGAAAAGAAGAAAUGUGAAAACGAGACGAAAAAAAAAAAACAAUACAAAUACAUACCCAAAGAAAUUAUGAUGAAAGAAAAAACACAGCUAAAUAUGGAAAAUGCCAACGAAAAAUUAUAAAUACUAAUUUUAUAAAUAAAUUAAUGAGAUACGGCUAUUAUUGUGUGCGGCUUAUUUUUUUGAGGAGAAUCUCGAAAAGAAAUUGACUCCAUAAAAAUACAGAGUGAGCAAAUUAAUUUGAGGAGACGAGACAAGAGUGAGCCAGAAAUUAGAGUGGAAAUAAUUGAUUUUUUUUGUACAUUGUGCGACGUCAAAAGUUAAGCGGAAGAAAAACAACAACAAAGUACGGCAAAUUUAUUCAAAUUCACCAACAAAUUGGAAAUGUCGGCUGGCGGUUCCCAGGCCACCACGGUCACAAUUACUGUGGAAGAUGGCUCAGCGGCGGCGGCCAACAACUCAAAUGGUGGCCAGUCCGGUGGUGGCAAUUCAUCCAAGUGUCAAAUGGCCUUAACGCCACGCUUUACCCAAGAAGAAAAGGAAAUUUUGUAUACACUCUUCCAUCAACAUGAAGAGGUCAUCGAUAUAAAGUUUCGCAAAAAACAACGUUCAAAAUAUUCCAUACGUGAUGCCUGGGAACAAAUUGUGAGGGAAUUCAAUUCACAUCCCCGUGUCAUGCAAAUGCGUAAUUUAAAGCAGAUUCAGAAAUUUUGGCUAAAUGCAAGAUUACGCAAACAAUAUCCCUUUCGUUCUGCUGGCCAAAAACAAAACACCAAUAAUCAUCAUCAAAAUCCAGAUCAUUCGCAACAGCAGCAGCAACAACAACAGCAGCAUAUAAAUAAUCAUGUUAUCAAGGAUGAACCCGAGUUCAAUAUACACAAUAGUGAGGCUUCGGAAAACAAUGAACACAACGAAUCCUUUGAAGAAAUGGAAAUAGAAGGUAAUAAUGUCUCAGAAUUGGAAGAAGAUCCCUUGGAUACAGAUCAGCAGCAAGAGCUGCAGCAACAAGUGGCGGCCCAGACAGCCACAAUACAUACCCAACAAAUAAGUGUAGAUCAGAUCUCAGCAGAAAAGUUAACCCUAAAUGAUUUGCUGCAAUUUAAGACGGCAAGGCCGCGUGAAGAGAUAAUAUUGCAAAUCAAACAUCCAUCGGAUAAUUCCGGUCCAGCUCAAAUAACCAUACCCUCACCGACACGUAUUACCAUACCCCAUCAUCAGGCGCCGCAGCACACAAUGGCCACCAUAACCACAAAUGGUUAUAACCAACAAAUCAUCAGUGAAAUAAAGCCGCAGCAAAUUACACUGGCUCAAUAUCAAGCUCAGCAGCAGCUGCAGCAACAACAGUUGGCUGCCGCCCAACAGCAGCAACAAUUAGCCCAACAAGCACAAUUGGCAGUGCUGCAGCAACAACAUCAACAGGCUCAACAACAACAGCAGCAGCAACAAGCCGCUGCAGUGGCAGCCGCUGUGCAACAGCAGCAGCAAGCUCAGCAGCAGGCCCAGCAACAAGCCCAACAGGCUCAGCAGGCCCAACAGCAAGCCCAGCAACAACAUCAGCAGCAGCAACAGCAACAAGUUAAAAUGGAAUUGCGUACCACGCCCACAGUUAGUACACAAUUUGCCACCGCUACACCCACCUUUACAUGUACCACAUUUAGUGCCUUACCCACAGGGGCGGCUGCCGCUGCUGGACAAAAUUUGGCCAACGUUGUGGCUGCAAAUACCAAUAUUGCUGCCUUUAACACCAACCCCGCAGCCAAUAUAACAAAUGUUAGCGCUGCAGGGCCCAUUAUCAAUCCUGCCGCAGUUUCAACAGUUACCAUUGCUCCCAAUAAUCCGACAAAUGUUAUUGCAGCAACCAACAGCGCCCACCACACAUCAAUUACCAACGCCCCCGCACUCACAAAUGAUGCUUUUGAAGAAAAAAUCAGCUACUUCCGUAUGAAAGAGGCCGAACUGCGUUACAAAGAGCAACAGGUUGCUUUGGAACGUAAGAAAAUCGAAUUAACCCAUGCCCAAGAACAAUUGAAACAUCUGAGGGAAGUACAUCGGCUGCAGGUGGAAGAAUUGAAAAUGAAAAUACGUAUACUCCAGGAAGAGGAAAAGCAUUUACGCAAAGAUGUCUCCUCACCGUUAAGUAGUUAAACUAUUUUUUACCCCUUAAGGUAUUUUUUUUCUGUUCGCGUCGAAGCUGGGGUAACAAUUAUGUAAAUGUAUUACCGAAAUUUAAGCAUUGUUUUAUAUAAUUAUAGAUAUUGCUAUUAUUAAUUAUAAGAGUUUUAAGGUCUUUGUAGAAAGGGAAACAGUUUAAAAUUUCCACUUGAUGUCCAUGAAGUAUAUUUAAAAAAGAAAAGAAAAAGAAAGUAAUAUAGCCUUUGGUUUUUUAUUAUGUUACGCCUUAUUAUGAUGAGCAUUAAUUUAUUUAUGUUAAGAAAAUAGAACACAAAAAAAGAACAAUUUGGAAUAUAUCAGAGAGAUUAUGAAAAAAAACAGAAGGAAAUUGUAAAAUAUAUUUAUUUUAAAAAUAUCACCAAUCUUUAAUAAAAAUCCCAUUUGAAAAUAGUAUUAAAAUACUAAAAGAAGAGAA